AGCCUGAAAACGAAAGUGAAUCUGCCUGGGCCCAGCUUCCCCGACGCCCGGCCUGGGACCCUCCAACCAGGGCUCCAGGCUCCAGGCUGUGCCCAGCUCUCGGAGGAAAGCCCCAGAUCUUCCCCCACCUCCGCCUCGUCCUGGCAGCCGCUCGCUGAGACUCCUGAAACCAGAAUGUUGAAAAAUCUCGCCCGGAGCAAGUUCCCUGAGAAGGAAGUUUUAUCCCUGGACCCGGACACGGCUCACCCUAACCUGGAGAUCUCGAAGGACGGGAAGGAGGUGACAUGCGUCAGUCAAGGAAAGUUUGUCGACUCCAGCCCGAGGAGAUUUGACACAGCGAACUGCGUGGUGGCCAAGCAGAGCUUCAGCGCGGGGCAGCACUACUGGGAGGUGUUCGUGGGCAAGAAGCGGCGCUGGAACCUGGGGGUGGUCUCGGACCGAGCCAAGAGGCAGGGAAGGUUGAUCGAAGUGAAGUGGUGGCCGUGGCCCCCUAGCAAGGUCUGUGCCGAGGGCUACUGGCUGAUUGGCUACGACCAGCAGAAGGCCAGGAAGAAGUACUGGAUAUUUGACACCAAUCCAUGGCCCCUGGAUAUCUGUCCCGCCCCUGAGAUCAUCGGGGUCUACCUGGACUACACGGACGGGGAGGUCUCCUUCUACAACGUCGAUCACCACAACACGCUGACCCACAUCCACACUUUCCACACAUCCUUCAACAACAAGCCCGUCUACCCCAUCUUCGACCCCUGCUGGCACGACAAGGGGGGCAACACGCAGCCCCUCAAAAUCCUCUGAGCUGCCGGCUCUGUGGCAUCCCAGGGCACCUCGUCCGAUGGCCACCGCUCGGCAUAUUUCGCUCUGCCCCACCUGGGGACUUCCCUUGUCUGUGGGCCGAGGAAAGACAGAAAUUGCCACUCUGUCCCAGAGACGGGGGUGGGUCUCUCCAGCUCGGUCACUUAUCGUCGCCAACUGCUUCAGCAACCCCCUCGAGGACAGUAAGAGAAUAACCCACCCUUAUUGGACAUUUCUUCCUGACCGCCAAUAGGCAAAGGUGGGUUUAGAGCCCUGAAGCAUGAAGAUUGGGAGCUCUCAGGCCAUUUUGCUCCUAACAGAAGUGGGGAUGUUCUCAUUAUCCCUAUAAACCUCCACUGGUUUUCUGACCCCUCUCGGCUGCUGCGACAUCCUGUAGCAGUGAGUUCCGCCGGCUCGUCGGUGCUGUUCUCUUGUACGGCGCUAAGAAAUCGUUAAACAAGCUGGGCCGCUGCAUGGCAUAUGGGAGACACUUUACGGUAUUAUUAAUGCCAAUAUUGUAUCAUUGCGAUGACUCUGAGCAGAGAGGCCACAUACAGGAUCAGUGAAAACGUCAUGAUUUGCCAAGGAUGAUGAUGAUGUUUAUAUGUGUACAUCACCUUUGUAUCACGAGUUACAGGUAGGUGGGGUAGAUCUGUAUUUCCAAAUGUGUGCUGUGUGUCUGAGUGACACCUCCGGAUGAUUGGCAGCAGCACUAGCCACUCUGUCCGAUGGCCUAUUAAAGGCCAUCAGCUGGACAAUGAAGGCACUUGGAGAAGCCAUGGAGGGACAGGCCUGUGGACAGGAGACUUCAAGAGCUUCUCCAUGCCCAUGCGCUGUGUGUUUGGGACAAAGACAUAUGAGCCACAUGGCAAAGGACAUAAAAGGCAGCUGCAUCAUCUCCAGUUUGUCUUCAGUCCUGCUCCUCUCCGCCCUGGAGUCACGUCUCUAGAAACGAAGCUCUGAGCAAGGACUGACUGACCCAUCCGAGCAGUGGGUGACUCCAGAGGGACUUUCAAGCCAGCAACCUCACCAGCGCUGCUAAGAACCUGAUCUAUGGACUUGGAAAUCUCUGUAUGUAUCCGAGGGCUUUACCAUUUCACAUCACUCUUCCUGUUCUUUUCUUUUCUUUUCUUUUCUACUAAACCUUUAGUUUUAGACACUAAAGGACUGGCUGGCAGCGCGGUAUUUUGCAUAAAAUCCAAACUACGAUUGA